CUCCGAUUCCAAAUCUCUGACGUUGCAACCAAGCACUGUAUCAUUAAUACGCAUCAAUGGUGUUGAAGUUCAGAAAUCCGCAAUUUUUGGGGACGGACGCCCCCAUUGCGGGCGACAUUUGCCCAUUGCUGGACUGAGCCCUUAAACUUCGGUCAAACGUAAACCCUGCCUCAGCAUACAGCGUGUAGCCGUCCUUCAGACCUCGUUGUGCUUCAGCACUCUCGUAUCCAACACCACAACGCACGAACGAGCGGUCAGCAGAAAGGAGGCUCACAACUAUAGAUCUUAAACAGUAGCUGGACCUCGGAGCUCAGCAGCCCUUGCAUCGGUUGCGAAAGCGCUACUGCACAGUGUCGCCUAGCGCGCCACAAGCGCAAGCCAUGGACCAGGAGGCCCAGGAUGUCCAUCUCCUUGUCCAUCUUUCAGAAGCAUUCAAUAAGGACGAGGUGUGGCAGCUGGCCGCUGCAGCAGCAUGGAGCAAGGCCACGAAUCUGGAACGUGUGUUAAUUCGCGGUAGCACAGCGGCCAAACAGCUGAAGCUCGUGGAUGUGCUUAUCCGUAAAACCUCGGCGGCUGGGCUCGGCGUGGGGAGCGCGCCUGGAGCUGAUGGGCGACACCUGGCCUGGGUUGCCGUUCCGCUCAUGGUACUGGCGCUGGUGGUCGACCGCGGCGUCAGCACUCUUGACGACAUCAAGCAGUGCGCGAAGCUAUUCAUCGCACGCAACGACGUCGCCCUGGCGACAGCGUACCACGGCGUGCGUGGUGUCGGGGUCGUGGCCAGCGUUGGCCUGGGUGUGGUCGCAGCGGUUCGCGCUUGCGUCAAGCGCCUGAAGGUGCAGCCUGGCCGGCCCCGCGUGUCGCGGCUGAAGCGCCCCAAGCAGCAACUUGAUCUGGCCCCUGCAGGCGUGCUGCCGGCCGCCAGAACGUCCACCACGGGCCAGGUGAACGCUUCGCAGGAUGGCUGAGGCGAUGGUGGUACUGGAUUCUGGGAAUUGCAGGGGUGGAGAUAGAUGCAAGCGAGGCACAUGCAGGCUCCAACUUCCAACGAACUCCUGAAAUGAUUGGAUCCACAACGGUACUGCACCCAACUGCUAGCAGAUGACUUCUGGAUGCGUGCUGCUUCACGUUCCAUGUUACUUGUUUGUGAAAUAAGUGCGCAAGCUUUGGUUUGGUGGCUAUGUGGACGGGCGUCGUGGCUGUUUUCGCUGAAAGCCAUGUCACUCCGCCCACUCGGUGGUUGCGUUGGUUUGCAGGUUCGAGCCGAGUGUGCAUGGAUGCUUAGGUGGCCGGUGCUUGCGUGCACAUGCAACCAAGGAUACAGUAUGACGAGUGCGGGGUGCUGCUAAAAGAAUGAAGUGAGCUGUGGCCGUGGUGACGAGCAGCCCGCAUAAUGAGCUGCUUUAUUGGGUUAGUGGGCCUGGAAAACGCGGAUGAUAAAGAGGUGGGCGCGGUGAUGGGCGAUGACACACUAUCGUUCAAUCAAGGCAGUGCUGAAUGAUGAUGAGUUGGGUUGCAUCACGUACAAGCUUGAACUAGAAACCACUGACUGCGUGAGUGUUGUAGCAUUGGUACCGUGAGUGUUGUAGCAUUGGUGGUACCGUAUUUGCAUUUACGAGUGACAGGAAGAGGAGGCCGUACGUAGCGACCCUGGAAGCCAUCUCUGUUCGGAGCCGAGGCAUCAAUGAGACAGAGCUGCACGCAUGCCGCUCACGCCCACUCGCGUGCAGGUCACCAGCUGUAACACAAGGAGCAG